AUCGCGACGUCGUUGCUGCUGCUGUUUUUAAAAAUUUGCUAAUAGUUUCAAAAAUUUUGCUUGGCCAGUUCGGAAACAACAUUGGAUCUUUGCAUAAUGCAACAAGAAUAAAGCAAUAAACGUCACAAAAAUGAGCCAAUACCACAGUUAACCUCAAAUAAUCAAGAAAAUUCAUACAGCUUCAUCAGGAUAACGACUUUACUAGAAAUACAACUGCACACUCACACACUCACAAACACCUAAAUAAACAUACACGGAGAGCUGCGUUAGGUAUUGAGCUUUAGAAGGAACGCUUGCGGAUUACGCCACAACAAAAUGCCGUCAACAUCGACGCAACAAAAGCCAGGGGCGGGAUCAAAGCUGAAAUCUCGCCCGGGCAACGAGGAGAGCAUGUCGCCCAGGAAAAUGGGCAUCAUUGCGAUUGUCACUGUGGUUGGCUGCAUUGCCAUAUUGUGGCCAAAGGUAUUCCAUCCCAUGAUGUUUGGCGGCACGCCACCUAAGCCCAUUUAUAAGGAUCCUCAACAGCGUGCCGGACCGGGCGGGUGUUGCGAUGUCGUGCUCGACAGGGAGGAGUUUAUGAAUGCCUCAAAGCCGGCUACCGAGCCGUUUGGUCCGCAUUUGUAUCGCAAACAAGUCAAUUUGUACACCGGCGAAAUAAGCUUGCGUCAGGAGCGCCCGGCCCACCUGCAUCCGGAGUCCAUCUAUCAGGCGAUGCGUGAGCGUGGACGCGCCAUACCGGCCACGCCUACUGUGCCCAUUGUCGAGCGGAAGACCUCACCGAGCAAUCCACCGCCUCGUAUCGUUGACGGACGGCCUGGACCCAUCCCUGGUAUGCGCCCGCCCAUGGGAGCAGGUGCAUUGCAUCAACCUCAGCAGCGAGGCGGCAGCAGCAUGGGCUUCCUCAUGCCCCUCUACACCAUUGGCAUUGUGGUGUUCUUCGGCUAUACGAUUAUGAAGAUUGUGUUUAAGAAGCAAGUGCCAAAUGCGCCCUAUGGCCCCGCUCCCUCAGAUCCCAGCUUCCGUCAAGAGGUGUUUGGCCAGCAGAAUCACAGUCAAGUGGAGGAUUUAGGUGGCACCAAAUUGGGUUGGCGCGAGCAUCAGACAAGGAGCGUCGCAUCAAAUGGCAGGCGCAACGAUAAGGAGCUUUAUAAUGCCACCAUGUCAGCGGCCGAGUUGGCCACGAAUCUCUCCAGCACAUUGAAGGCACAUCAACAGCAAUGCCAUGCCGCCCACCAGCAGUCUCAGACGCAGUCGCAGGCGGAGACAUCGGCGUCAGCGAUUCCAGCGGUUCCCAAGACAUUGGCCGAAGUGGAGAAGACGCUGUUCAAUAAGGAAACGGAGCAGUUGAUGGAAAUUGAAAAGUUGCGCAAGAAGCUCGAGGACACGGAGCGUGAGAUGGCAAAGUUAAUUGCCGAAAUGAACACCGAUCAGUAUGAGGCAAAGCAACACGACAACGAAAACACGAAUUUGACCAAUGUAGAAAACCAAAACAUUUCCAAUGGGCAUACAAUCACCGAUCAGGAUCAGGAAAAGGACAAGGACAAGGCAAAGGCACAGCCAAGGAAGCGUCGUGACAUUAGCGCUGAGCGCGAAGUAACGGUUCUAGGCAUGGAGUUAACGGCAAGUUGCGAGGGCGGCCAAAGGUGGACUGGACGCCCUCCAACGCCUGUUUAUCGAGCAUAUAGUGAACAUUCCAAUAAAUUGGAAGAAAAUCUACCCGAGCCGCAGUCCAUUUACUUGGAAGGCGCUUUGGCCCACGACUCUCAGAUUUUGGUGGCCGAUUCACAAACAAAACGUGAAGAGGUCUAUGACUCUGAGUUGAAUGGAUCAGAAGAAGAACCGGCUGUCAUACUCAGCAGCAAGAUGACGUUAUCAUUGAUUAAUUUGGAUGCAAAUCAACAAAAUGGUAGCGAGAACAAGCAGGAAAUCGAAAGUCCCUUGGCUGAUGAUAUUGAAAUAAUUGGACACGACGAACACUAAGCCAGGGCAGCUGUAUAAAUAUAUAGUAUACACAUGCUAAUACUCUUGGAUGAAUGUCUGGGCAAUGACAGUGCUGGAAUCGAAUCCCAACGCAUUAUUUCUUUAGUUUUUGUUGUUGUCUAACUUGCAAUACCAAGUUGAUUUGAGAACAGAUACCACAGCACAUCACACCACACGAUUGAAAGAUAUAUGAGUGAAAUUUGACAAGUUCACCGCGAAUGUUAUGACUGACUAAACCAACAAGCAAAGAAUCUGUUAAUUAUUUGACAUUUGAUUUGUAUAUAAUUAUGUAUACUUAUAUAUAUGUAUGUAUGUACUGUGUUUUUAUACCGAUUUUAUUUUCGAAAUCAUAGAUUGUUUUUGCUGUGUAACUACUACUUUUCCUAUCCGAUCAACUCAACUUCUCAAUUGUAUGCCAAAAACUCAUUCAAAAUGGAUAUUCAUAGUACUUUUACUUAAAUCGCUAGAUUUUAUGUGUAUAUUUUUAGUCAACAUACGAACAAACAAAAACUAGUCUACCACCAUCGAUUUAAGUAACUUCACGUAAUUUUAUCACUUGGAAAUCCAUCGAUUCGUCUAUAAUUGUCUAUAAACGGUACUUUUUCGAAAAAAAAUUACAUCCUACCAUUUAACCUUAAUAAAAAUGUUCGAUUGCACCUUAUGAUUAAAGAACUAAUAUUAGUGCCACAAUGUUUGUGAACUUAGCUUAAAGUGAAUACAUACGUAUAAAUUGAAAAUAAAUUACAACUUGAUUUGA